AUGGCUGAGCCUCGUGUGGGCGUGCUCAUGGACCUGGGGAGGAUCAGAUCCCGCCUGCCUGCAAUCAUUGCUGCUACAGGUGAUCCUGCCGAUCCUGACCCAAAUGCUGCCACGUCCUCGUCCUCCUCCGCUCUCCCCUCGCACACACCCCCUGCCUCGGUCCCCUGGGCUCAGCUUGCCUCCCUUACAGGCCUCUUCGCUCCUACUGUGGAGGAGCUAGGGGCCCACAGGCAGGAAGAGGAAGAUUGUUUGGCGACGGUGCUGGUGCAGGUGCUGGGGAUGAAGGGAGGAGAGGAGAUAAACGAUGGUUUUAAAGCCCAUGUGCUGCCGCUGCUGCCUGGUGGUGCGGAGGCGCACAGAGAGAGUGAGGGUAGAGCAGGGAGGAAUGGGGAGAAGCGGGAGGCUGGGAGAAACGGUGGAAGACGGGAGGGGAAAGGUGAUGGUGGUGCGGGCAACAGUGGGGAGUGGAGUCAGGGGCUGGAGGGUCCUGUGUGGGACAGGUAUGUGGGCGGUAUGGCUUGUCUUCUUGCGCAUGAUGGACGGGAUGAGAUGAGGGCCCCCAAAGCCGCUUCCAGCAUCAACAGUGAUCCCAACGGUUCGUUGAGUAUACGCAUCUCCAAAAAUUUCAUCAGCAGCGGUAUUCCCAAGGGCAUGUUUGUGAGUGGCAUUGACGCCACUGGUUUCGCCCUUGCUGUUGCUGCAAUUCUCUCCAAGCCCCAAUUCUCCGAGGAUGCUUGCCGGGUGUUCUUCACAGAUGCUAAUAACGAGUACAGAGUGAAGCUGGAGAAUUCUGCGACUGAGGCUGCCAGGAAGAAACACGCUGGCGCCAUCAACCUCGUCGCCCUCUUCGCCUCCUUCGCCUAUCGCCCUGUCUCCACCCUCAUUCACUGCUUCCUCUUCCUCUUCCCUCCCGACCAAACCAGAGAGGCGUACAGCCUUCUCGGCCUUUUCAUGCCGUCGGGACAAGAGGAGACGGUGAACUGGAGGCACGUGAGAGGACGGCUGGAAGGGUUUGCCGAGGAACAGGAAAUGGCGAUGUUCAUGCAUGCUUGCUCUAUAAUAGCGAGCAGGUGGGCCAAGGAGGAGGAGCCGAAUCCAGGGCGGUUUGCUCGGCUUGUAGAGGAGGAGGGCGCGGGGCAGGAGAAGGGUGGGUUGGGAAAGUGGAAGCAACUGGAUAGUGAGAUGUGGGAGGAGGUUCGGAUGUGGCGGCAUGCUGCCAAGGCUGCGUGGCCUGGGGACAGGAGGAACUGGAUGGGAGAGCUUCGGGAUAAGUGCAUGGGCCGCAGGAAAAGGACGAAACAUAGGUGCAGUGAAGACGAGGAGGAAGGGGGAGGGGAGGAAAAGGAGGAGGAGGGGCUGGUUUAUGCGAAGAAAUGGGUGGGAGGAGUGAAUCUGCUGGCCUGCCUGAAAGCAAUGCUGCUGGGAGAGCCAUGGAAAGGGUGUCAUUCUGCUGCUGCUGCUGCUGCUGCUGCUACUGAUUUGGAGAAAGGGAAGAUGGAAGCGGCAAAUCAAGCAGCAGGGAACAAAGCAGGUGGCAGCGCAGCAGAAAGCGAAGAACCUGGAACCCCGGCAGGCACUUUCUGGACAGAUGCAUCGGGUGUAGAUACCCGGGCAGAGCGACUGAAAUCAGGGUACCGGCGCGUGUGCCAGGGGCCGAGGUGCAGCUGUGUGGAGUGGGAUGGCGUGGAGCUGAAGAUGUGUAGGCGGUGUGGCAGUGAGGCGUACUGCAGCAAAGCGUGCCAGAAGGCUGCCUGGCCCUCCCACAAGCUCACAUGCCGGCCAAAGGAACAGGGGAAAUGA